AUGAGGAAACUGUGUCCAAAUCUUGACGAUGCGGAAGGGUUGGAGACGGUGCUGGAGGUCCCCAUUCCAGAGGAGAUGCUCACCGCUUUGGGCAGCAAUGGCUUCAAUCGCUGGCAUACACUCCGAGCUCUCAUGAAUUCUCCCUCUUCUGAUAUGUCUUCCCAUCUCUCUGCUCCUUCUUACAAUGAAUUCAUGGUUUUGCUUAAGCUCGUUGGUGCCCCUCUUAUUCCUCUCCCCGUUCAAUCCGAUAACACUCUCACUCGCCCCCUCAAAGAUUGUUCCAUCAGAGAUUCCACGGCAAAAUACAUAGUUCAGCAGUAUGUUGCUGCCACUGGAGGACAUUCCGCAUUGAACUCGGUGAAAAGUAUGUAUGCAAUGGGGCAAGUGAGAAUAUGUGGGUCGGAGAUGCGUCCCGAUGAAGAAAUCUUUCACCCAACAGGCAGGCGUGAAGCCGGAGGCUUUGUGCUCUGGCAAAAGAACCCAGAUUUGUGGUGCAUAGAAUUGGUUGUUUCUGGUUUCAAGGUUAGUGCAGGCAGUGAUGGCAAGCUAGCAUGGAACCAGUCUUCCUCUCAACCUUUUCAGGCCAACAAAGGCCCUCCAAGACCCCUUCGCCGCUUCUUUCAGGGGCUGGACCCAAGGUGUAUAGCUAACUUGUUCCUAGACGCUGAAUGUGUAGGAGAGAACACCAUUAACGACGAAGUUUGUUUCAUUCUCAAGUUGCAAACAGACCAACAAAUCCUCCAAGCACAAUGCACAUCCCACACAGAAAUCGUAAUGCACUCAGUGUUGGGAUACUUCAGCCAACGCACGGGGCUGCUUGUGAAAUUUGAGGACACCAAGUUGGUGAAAAUGAAACCAGUCAAAGGAAAAGAGUCUGUGUUUUGGGAAACAACCAUAGAGUCUACCAUUGAAGAUUAUAGAUACGUUGAUGGCAUUAACAUUGCACAUGGAGGGAAGACAAUUGCAACACUUCAUAGGUAUGGUGCAGCACACCAUCACAAGAGGAUGAUUGAGGAGGUAUGGACCAUUGAAGAGGUUGAUUUUAACGUAAUUGGUUUGUCCAAUGAUUGCUUUUUGCCACCCUCUGAUAUUGACAGAGAACACGAUGGUGCAGAUAACAUGAAUUAG